UCUACCAGUGAACUAUGAGAAUAUACACUGGUACGUGGUCAAUGUGAAUCCUGAAGAGAGACUAAUACAAGUUUUGGACUCCAUGCGUAAACAAACAAAAAACUUCAAAAAAGCCCACCCAGAACUACAAAAUAUGCUCAAAGGAAUGGAAGCACAUCUGGACGUAACAUCUCGACACGACUGCGAAAAGAGUGAUAGCUGGCCUGAUUACGCCGUUAAUAGUUGGCCAGUUCAAGUUGUCAAGAAUGUGCCACAACAAAAAGACGGGAUUUCAUGUGGACUCUAUGCGCUCAAGAACAUGGCAAACUGGAUAGGACACGAGCUAUCACAAAAUUUUACACAGGCCGACAUUGACAAGUUCAGGAAAGAACUCCCAGCUCUCAUAGUAGAUUCUCCACUGAAUGAAGAACCACGAAAACAACAAGAAAAAUGAAGAUUAGAAGAGAUACAAGUCCGGUUGCUGUUUGCUGAUGCUAAAAGGGGGCUACUGGUGUGGGUUUUCAGAAAUUGCUGCUGCUGCGUCAGCAUUUAAGAACAUUUUGUGCUGGUUUAUGUUGUUGGUUGUUCUGCCAACGUUUACUCCUAAAUUUUUUAGUCUAGGCCUGGCACUGCUAGUAGGUUUUUGCCCUGUACUGUGUUCUCGAGGCGAGUUCACGUAGCGGGUUUCCUAUUAGUGGUCGUGGUUGAAUAAGUUUUACUACUCUAGAAACAUUUCAUGCUUUCAGUCAAUCAUAUUCAUGGACAUUGGGCUCCACAGGCGGUUUCUGUUUAGUUCAUGAGUACCAAUUGAAACUAUACGGAAAAGA